GAAGGACAAAGCAGCAACAGAAGCAGCAUCAGAAAAAUACGAAAACGCAAGGAAAGAAAAUGUCCUUAACAAGCUUUUUGCCUGCUCCCACUCAACUUUCUCAAGAUCAGCUUGAGGCAGAAGAGAGAGCCAGAGCACAAGUGUCCAGCUCCACAGCAUUGGUUUCCACUCUAAGAGUGCCACCUCCAUAUUGCUCUCGCAAAGGUUGGGUGCCUCGCACUCUUGAGGACUUUGGUGAUGGAGGGGCAUUCCCAGAAAUCCAUGUGGCCCAGUAUCCACUUGAAAUGGGCAGGAAGAAAAAGACCUCAAACGCCCUUUCCUUACAGGUGGAUGGAGAAGGCAAAAUUAAAUAUGAUGCUAUUGCCCGUCAAGGUCAAGGGAAUGACAAGGUCAUAUUCAGUAAGUAUACAGACUUGUAUCCAAAGGAAGUGCUGAAUGAUGAUGCCCCAGAACUGCAGAGACCUGACGAGGAGGCUGUUCAAGAGCUUACAGAAAAGACCAGAGCUGCUCUGGAGAAACAGGUGUCCCAAAAGAUUGCUGCUGCCAUGCCUGUUCGUGCAGCAGAUAAACAGGCCCCAGCUCAGUACAUUCGGUAUACACCCUCUCAGCAAGGAGUGGCAUUUAACUCUGGUGCCAAGCAAAGGGUCAUCCGUAUGGUUGAGAUGCAGAAAGACCCAAUGGAGCCACCACGGUUUAAAAUUAAUAAGAAGAUUCCUCGUGGCCCUCCUUCUCCGCCUGCUCCAGUUAUGCACUCCCCAAGUAGAAAGAUGACUGUAAAAGAACAGCAAGAGUGGAAGAUUCCACCCUGCAUUUCAAACUGGAAGAAUGCAAAGGGUUACACAAUCCCACUUGACAAGCGUCUGGCUGCUGAUGGGAGAGGUCUUCAGACAGUUCACAUUAACGAGAAUUUUGCCAAGUUAGCUGAGGCUCUCUACAUUGCAGACAGAAAGGCCAGAGAAGCAGUAGAGAUGCGAGCACAAGUGGAAAAAAAGAUGGCACAAAAGGAAAAGGAAAAAAAGGAAGAAAAGCUUAGAGAACUGGCAAAGAUGGCACGAGACAAAAGAGCAGGAAUUAAAAGCCAUGGAGAGAAAUCAGUUGGAGAGGACAGUGAGGUUAGGGAGCGUGAUGAAAUCCGUCAUGACAGAAGGAAGGAGAGACAGCAUGACAGGAAUAUCUCCAGAGCUGCCCCUGACAAAAGGUCAAAACUUCAGAGGGACCAAGAUAGAGACAUCAGUGAGCUGAUUGCCCUUGGCCAGCCAAAUCCUCGCAUUUCCAAUGAGGCACAGUAUGAUCAACGACUCUUCAAUCAAAGCAGGGGUAUGGACAGUGGAUUUGCUGGUGGUGAGGAUGAGAUAUAUAAUGUCUAUGAUCAGGCUUUUGGGAGAGGCAGGGACAUGGCACAAAACAUCUACAGGCCCAGCAAGAACACGGACAAGGAUGUUUAUGGAGAUGACCUGGAUGCUCUUAUGCAAAGCAAUAGGUUUGUGCCUGAUAGAGAGUUUUCUGGUACAGACCAUGGCCCACGUAGAGAUGGACCUGUACAGUUUGAGGAAGAUCCUUUUGGUCUGGACAAGUUCUUGGAGGAGGCUAAGCAGCAUGGAGGUUCCAAAAGGCCAUCCACUAGUGGGCGCUCAAGGGAUUAUGACCAUGAGAAGAAACGUAGAAAGGAAUAAAACAGACCUUUUAAAAAAAAAUAUUUUUGUUACCAUUUUCAUUUUUAAGAUCAAGCUAAAUGGAAAGCUUUUAUCAUUUACUAAUAUUAUUGUAAGACAAUAAAAAUCUGUACCAUGGUCUUUGAUAAA